AGCAUUCAAGGUGAUCGACACAGUAGAGGGAGAAAAUCAACAGAGCGAAGAAAUGGUGCCCGCAAGCAACGUCGCGUGUAUCGUGCCCCCAAUAAUGAAGAAGCCAAUACCAGAGCGCCAUUAAAGCCCGUCCGCGCAGAACCCCUUUAAAUUCCCACCGCCUCCUUGUUUCUCUCUCCAGACUUUCUCUUCGAUCUGUCACUCCCUUCCUCCUCUCUCUCAUUCUGCCAUAGUAGUGUUUGUUCUCAAAUCUUACCAGAAUCUCAACCACCCUCACAAGUGAAGCAUGCAGAAUCUACGCCUCCAUAGCGCCAUUAGUGGCGAUUUGGCGCGGCAUGAGAAGCACAGCGUGAGGACCGUCGUUCCCCUGGGAAGAGGCUCGUCGCCGAGUCGGGAAACCGAGUCCCCCGCCUCCCUCCUGGAGGAGGAGCGCUUCUUCAGCCGGCUGCUGUCCAGGGAAUCCAACAAGGGGUUCUCGUCCAGGGCCUACUACAGGACAGCCGGAAAAGUGCCCUUCGAGUGGGAGAUCGCACCAGGGAAGCCCAAGAACCCAACGGAAAACGACAAUCUGCCGCCGCUCAGCCCCCCUCCAUUGGUCACCCACCACCUCCUUCCCCGGAACCCACGCCGAAAGAGGUCAAGGUUUUGGUUCAUGAAGCUGAGGGUCGCCAGGAAGAAGGCCCCAGGCGGGUCCCCUCCAUGCGACGGGGUUAAACCCGCCAGCUUCGGCGACCUGGGAGGAGUUACUGCGACUUCUGAUUGCUGUCAGUUUGAUUUUCCGGCAUCGCAAAAGGAUUUCAGGUGGCCGGGGUCCGGUAGGAGCGGGUGCUUUCCCUUUGACUUGACCCGUAUUUUUAUUUCUGAUAGUGGGAGGUAGAUAUAAACUAAAAGCUCUAGUGGUUCAUCUUGUUUUUCAAUGUGAUUGCUUAAUGUGAAGAUCCCACUUUGGUUCUCCACUUCCUCCCUAACACAGAUAAAUUGGAAA